AAAUAGUAAAUAAAUAGUGCUGUCAAAUAUUUUUUUUUCAAUCAUCCAAUUGUUAUUUUUAUUUAUUUUACUAGAAUUUAGAAGCUUUUAAAAAGAUUGUUUAUAAAUAAUUUUAAUCAUGGAUUUAUCGAAAAUGCCUAACGACAAAAAAUUACAUUUAUGUAAAUGGUAUUUCAGAGUGGGUUUUGCGGCAUUACCAUUCGUUUGGGCUGUAAAUACUAUAUGGUUCUUCAAAGAAGCAUUUCUGGUUCCACAUUAUGAAGAACAAAAACAAUUACGAAAAUAUGUUAUAUUCUCUGGAAUUGGAGCAGUGAUAUGGGCAGCUGUGCUUUUAUCAUGGGUUAUAAUUUUCCAGACACAGCGAGCUGCUUGGGGUGAAUUUGCUGAUACCAUAAGUUAUAUUAUACCUGAAGGAAUCCCGUGAUUGGUAACUGACGAAUUAUUAGAUAAAUUAAACAAAGAGAAAAUUAA